GGGGCGGGCCCCGGGAGGGGAGGGGCCAGCCCAGCCCAGUGCGCGGCCCGCGCGAAGUCCUCUCGCCUUACUCAGCCGCCCUGGGGGGCUGCAGGGGAGGCUGCGGGCCGUGGGGGCCGGAGGAGAAGCCGGCUCCACGUGCAGCUGCUGGCGAAUGAGGAAAGAUCCAGCUCUGACAGAAUAAUGAGUUGUGUAAAGUGAAGGCCAAAUGACAUCACCAGAGAUGGCAGUAGUUCAAAGAAAGCAAAGCAGAGGAAUUGAACUGCUGCAGAAUGCACGACUCUCAAACAUUGUCUCAGCAGCAGCAUCAUAUCUGUUUAUAAAAGUUGAGGAAGUACUGUAUUUCCAGCUUAGGAAACUGAAGAUUCCUCUGGCCUCAGAUGACCAGGCACCACUAGAUACAGCAUACUGCACUUUCCUUCUCCAAGUCACUUCCUGCCUUGUGACCACACACCCGGCCUUGACAAAGCUGUUCUGCAGAUCAGAAAGAAGGGGUUCCUGGUCAUACACCAGUACUACCAAGGACAGCUUUUUUCCUACAAGGUCUGUUACCUAAAGCAAUAAAAAAUGGCCAGAGGAUCAGUGUCCGAUGAGGAAAUGAUGGAGCUCAGAGAAGCUUUUGCCAAAGUUGAUACUGAUGGCAAUGGAUACAUCAGCUUCAAUGAGUUGAAUGACUUGUUCAAGGCUGCUUGCUUGCCUUUGCCUGGGUACAGAGUAAGAGAAAUUACAGAAAACCUGAUGGCUACAGGUGAUCUGGACCAAGAUGGAAGGAUCAGCUUUGAUGAGUUUAUCAAGAUUUUCCAUGGCCUAAAAAGCACAGAUGUUGCCAAGACCUUUAGAAAAGCGAUCAAUAAGAAGGAAGGGAUUUGUGCGAUCGGUGGUACUUCAGAGCAGUCUAGUGUUGGUACCCAACACUCCUAUUCAGAGGAAGAAAAGUAUGCCUUUGUCAACUGGAUAAACAAAGCCCUGGAAAAUGACCCUGACUGUCGGCAUGUCAUCCCGAUGAAUCCAAACACGAAUGAUCUCUUUAAUGCUGUUGGAGAUGGCAUUGUCCUUUGUAAAAUGAUCAACCUGUCAGUGCCAGACACAAUUGAUGAAAGAACAAUCAACAAAAAGAAGCUCACCCCUUUCACCAUUCAGGAAAAUCUGAACUUGGCUCUGAACUCUGCCUCAGCCAUUGGGUGCCAUGUGGUCAACAUAGGGGCUGAGGACCUGAAGGAGGGGAAGCCUUAUCUGGUCCUGGGACUUCUGUGGCAAGUCAUCAAGAUUGGGUUAUUUGCUGACAUCGAACUCAGCAGAAAUGAAGCUCUGAUUGCUCUUUUGAGAGAAGGUGAGAGCCUGGAAGAUUUGAUGAAACUCUCCCCUGAAGAGCUGUUGCUGAGGUGGGCUAAUUACCACCUGGAAAAUGCAGGCUGCAACAAAAUUGGCAACUUCAGUACUGACAUCAAGCUGACUGACUUCUACAGCAAUAUAAAGGACUCAAAAGCUUAUUACCACCUGCUUGAGCAGGUGGCUCCAAAAGGAGAUGAAGAAGGCGUUCCUGCUGUUGUUAUUGACAUGUCAGGACUGCGGGAGAAGGAUGACAUCCAGAGGGCAGAAUGCAUGUUGCAGCAGGCGGAGAGGCUGGGCUGCCGGCAGUUUGUCACAGCCACAGAUGUUGUCCGAGGGAACCCCAAGUUGAACUUGGCCUUUAUUGCCAACCUCUUUAACAGAUACCCUGCCCUGCACAAACCAGAGAACCAGGACAUUGACUGGGGGGCUCUUGAAGGUGAGACGAGGGAAGAGCGGACAUUUAGAAACUGGAUGAACUCCCUGGGUGUUAACCCUCGAGUCAAUCAUUUGUACAGUGACUUAUCAGAUGCCCUGGUCAUCUUCCAGCUCUAUGAAAAGAUUAAAGUUCCUGUUGACUGGAACAGAGUAAACAAACCGCCAUACCCCAAACUGGGAGGCAAUAUGAAGAAGCUUGAGAAUUGUAACUAUGCGGUAGAAUUGGGGAAGAAUCAAGCGAAGUUCUCCCUGGUUGGCAUCGGUGGACAAGAUCUCAAUGAAGGAAACCGCACUCUCACAUUGGCCUUGAUUUGGCAGCUAAUGAGAAGGUAUACACUGAAUAUCCUCGAAGAAAUUGGUGGUGGCCAGAAGGUCAAUGAUGACAUUAUUGUCAACUGGGUGAAUGAAACGUUGAGGGAAGCGCAGAAAAGUUCAUCCAUCUCUAGUUUCAAGGACCCAAAGAUUAGUACAAGUCUGCCCGUUCUGGACCUCAUCGAUGCCAUCCAACCAGGUUCCAUUAACUAUGACCUUCUGAAGACAGAAAAUCUGAAUGAUGAUGAGAAACUCAACAAUGCAAAGUAUGCCAUCUCCAUGGCCCGAAAAAUUGGAGCAAGAGUGUAUGCCCUACCAGAAGACCUGGUUGAAGUGAACCCCAAAAUGGUCAUGACCGUGUUUGCCUGCCUUAUGGGGAAAGGAAUGAAGAGGGUGUGAGGCCCGGUGGGGCCGGGUGGGAGGCGGUGCACUCACUCCUGACUGCCCAGCACAGAUGCUUCCGGGAUGAUUCAAGCCAUUCCAAAGUUCACCUUGGUGACAUUCUACAAGAUUCCAAAAAGCACAUACUAGUGCAGCCAAGUAGCCUCUCCUGUAUUUAACAAAAAGUGCUUCAUUCUUGGCAGGAGGCGCAACCUCCUAUAUAUAGGUCUCUAUUCUUGAUUUAUUUGCUUCUUUGAAAAUCUAGAGGAAAAGAAAGAAGUUAUUUUCCAAGUACCCUUCUCGCUUUUGCCAUUAGUCGAGGAUAGAAGCUGCAGUGAUAUUAAUUUUGAUGUAAUCUUUCAAACCCGCUUCAUGUGGCUUCCCUUUUCUUUGUUCAAGAUGAGGGCCAGGAGGGGAAUCAUCACACCUGCUCUAAACCCUGUUCCUGGAGGUCAGCCUUUGAUCUGUUGCAAGCCCCUCUUUCUGUCCCUUCUUCGUACCCUGCGUCCCAUGACUUUGCUCCUCACGCACUUGGAACCAUGCCUUCUGGAGGCCCCAUCUCUUCUGGCCAUCCUUGUCUCUGGGCCACUUGGAGCGUCUGAUAAAUCAGUCAAGCUGUUGAAGUCUCAGGAGUCUCUGGUAGCCUGUAGAAGUAAGCCUCCUCAUCAGAACCUUUCCUCAAAACUGGACUCCCAAAUAUCAUCAGGUUGUUUUUUUUUCAGCCACUAAGAACCCCUCUGUUUUUAACUCUAGAAUUUGGGCUUGGACUAGAUCUAACAUCUUGAAUACUCUGCCCUCCAGAGCCUUAAUGGAAGGUUGGAUCCAAGGAGGGUGUAAUGGAGCAUCAAGCCACUCGGGGGCAGCAUGGAGCUGUAACUAAGCAUCCUUUAGGGUGCUGCCUCUCCAGGCAUUCAGCCCUCACAUUAGAUUCUAGUUACUGUGGUAUGGCUAAUAUCUGUCCACAUUUGGAGGCAAUCCUGCCUUGCUUUUGCUUCUAGAGCUUAGCAUAUCUGGUUGUUGUCAGGCCAUAUUAUCAAUGUUUACUUUUUUGGUACUAUAAAAGCUUUCUGCCACCCCUAAACUCCAGAGGGGACAAUAUGUGCCAAUGAAUAGCACCCCUAUGCACAUACACACACACCUGGCCAGCUGUCAAGGGUAGAAUGAAUCUAUGCUGGAUAAGAAAUGGCGGGAUUGUGUUAUGAAGAGCUAAUUUACUGGACAAAGAAUUCCAAAGCAAAACAAGAACAAUAUGAAUUUGAGCAACUCUCAUAGGUUAAGCAAUUUCCCUCUAAACCAACUGAAGGCUAAAACGCAACAGGCCAUUGUGAACCAGCACUAGACUCCCUCUAUCAUGGUGAAAGGCUUCAUCAAUGAGGUGUCUUCUUUAGUAGUGGUAUGUAAUGGAACUUAGCCAUUUUUCAAAGCAAUUGAAAUGCAUUGCUCUGGAUCUGUUCCUUGGCAGUGGACUCAGAAAGCCAACAUAUGGCUCCUCCCAGCCCAUCACCAGUAUUUUUGCUGCUUCUGAAUGCAAAGUGGUUGGUUUUGACUUCAGAUUGGACUUACUGUAGCCUCAAAUGGUUUCCCCCAUCCACCUCCGGGAAAAAAGAAUGUUACUGCCUUAAUAAAAAAUGAAAAGAGAAUGAUGCUCAAAAUCUUUCCAAAUAAAAUGUUCCCUAUA